AUGGCUGCAAAAUAUGUCGAUAAAGUGAAUCCAAUUGAUGAAAUCAAAUCAGUAUUAAAUGAUUUAAAUGAAUUGAAUGAAGAAGUGAUUGAAUUUAAGGGAACCGAUCGUAAUAUGAAAUACAGAUUUUUGAAUGAUAUGCUGAGCCGUUGUAUGACAAGACUGUACACUAUUGACACAGACGGCGGCAAUGAUGAUGGCGUCCGUAUGGCCCGUAGAGCAGCCGUUGUCGCCGUCCAGAAGUGUAUUGAUUUGUUGGAGAAAAAAUUAGCCGAAAAUAAUGAGAAAACAAAAAAACUGAGUAUAACUGAUAUAAAUGACAAACCGAUUGCCGAGAUAUCGACUACGGAACCAAUUGCUGUGGCCAUAGAUUUAAAUGAUUCAGACACUGAUGAACAGGUCAAUGAUCUAAUAAGCAAAUUUGAAAAAAUUGAUCAAAAGGAAAAUGAUUAUCGGCCACAAAUAACAUUGUUAUUGUUGGGUGAGUCGGGUGUCGGCAAAUCAACAUUUAUCAAUGCAUUUGUCAAUUAUCUACUGUUUAACAAAAUGGAUGACGCGAUUAAAAAUCCCAUUUGUUUGAUACCAACAAAGUUUACACAUUGGGAACAAGGAGUCCGUAAGGUUUGUACGUUUGGUACGCCCAGUGAUACGGAAAAUAAUGAUAAUACCAGUGAAUCUGCUACACAAUACCCCCGAUGUUAUACAUUUGAUUUUGACUUAUAUCGGCUGAAUAUUAUCGAUACGCCCGGUAUUGCCGAUACUAAAGGCUUGGAUAAAGACAACCGAAAUAUGCAGAAUAUUCUGAAUUUUAUAUCCAAUUACGACACUAUUAAUGGUAUUUGUGUGCUAUUGAAACCAAAUGAGGCCAGAGUUAGCGUUAUAUUCAAGUAUUGCAUACUUGAGUUGUUGUCUCAUUUGAACAAAUCGGCCGCCGAUAACAUAAUGUUUGUGUUUACCAACGCUCGGAGUACUUUCUACGCACCGGGAGAUACAACUGUAGCAUUGGAUGACGUACUUCAAAAAGUACGACAGCGCCCGCCAUAUGUUAGGAUCAAAUCAGUUAAUGAAUGCUUACGAAUGAUUAGAUAUAUAUUUGAAGUAAAGCCACACAUUGUUAGAGACACUCUUAGUAUUAAUUCGGCCAAACGUACCAUCAAAUUGUUGACACAACCGUUGGCUGAUAUCAGUAAAAAUAUUGCCGACAAUAUCAAAGAAUGUCAAAAACAAACGGAAAAUAUAUUGAAAUUUAAAGGAGAUAUUGAAGACCUGAAACGUAAACUUUAUAUACCUGUUGUUGAAAUAAAGACCAUACCAUUGGACCAUCCGAUGACUGUUUGCUCAGAUAAUGAUUGUUGUAUAUUAACUAAUAUUAACGGACAGUUAGUUAAAGAUUAUAAGCAAAAAUGUCACGACAAAUGUUACCUGAAGUAUGACGACGGAAAUAUUAUGGGAAAUACUGGACUAUUGGAUUGUCAGGCAUUCAAUAUUUAUAAAGAUAUAUCAUUUAGUGUGAUUAAGCCUAAAGAUUUAAAUAUCAAUGAACUACAUCCGGAUCAAAAUGUUAACCAUGGAGUGAAUCCGAUUACUGGAUUAAUUAGAUUGAUUUGUUCGGAACGAGUAAAACAUGAAAAUUGUCAACAAUGUGGUCACAGUUAUAAAACACACUUACAUGUCAAGUAUGAGACCAGAAAAGUCGAUAGAAAACGCAGAGAUGAGAGUAAAUAUGCAAAGAUUACUACUAAUCAAAAGGCUGUAGAAGCGCAACAGGAAAUUGUUAGAGAAUUGAUAGACAGACAGUUAGAAUAUGAAAAUGAAAGCAAAUUCAUAACCGAUUGUAUGGCAAAGUUUGCCGCUUUUCUCAAACUGAAUGCAAUGACACCGUUUAACGACGCUUUCGAAGAUUAUGUCAAACAUCUGAUUAGAGAUGAAGAGUACAAUCUGACACUAGAGUCGGGUGAAUGUCGACAAUCAGUGGAUCAGUUGAAAUCAAUAUUAAAACAAUACCAACACGAAAGGGAUGUCAUAUUGGAGUCAAUGAAAAGAGGAGACAAGUAUUCAGUCGUCAAUUUGGAGGACAUUGAUAAUUGUGUUAAUAAAUUAUACAAUUUGCCAUUGAAUGGCAAAAAGAUACAGGAGCUACUGAAUAUGCAAUUAACUAUUAGUGACACAAUUCAUGCUAAUGGACAGCAACAACGUGUUAUUGAAAUACCGGUUAACAGUACUAACAGUACUGUAAAACUGGGUAAAAGUUUUCUCAAAGCUCUCAAAAAUUUUUACCGUAAAUUAUAA